UUUCCUACCAGUCUGUAAUGCGGACGGACCAGGAACUGUGCGUUGCUUUGCGAUACCUACAGGAUUUCAGUCAGCUCAUAUUCAGUGCAGUGUUCGUUAUGCGCUUAUGUUAUAGUUUGUUCUAAUAUUUAUAUUCUACCGGGGUCUUUAGAGUGUCAAACGGAUUUAAAGCCUAGUUCCCAUGAAUCCCGUGUAUCCGGCUACCAAUAAGUAAAUCACCUUCUGGGUUUAAUAUCCUGCAGAUUGUGGUUUUUGCCUCGAUCCCGAGCAAACAUGACUUCACUGGGCAGUAGUAGUUCCUCCUCGAUGGAGUACAUUGUCAGGGUCCCUAAAAACACCAAUAAGAGAUACAACAUCAUGGCUUUUAAUGCUGGAGACAAAGUGAACUGCUCCACCUGGGCCCAGGCCCGGAUGGAGCGGGACAUGAGCAACAGGCGGAUGUACGGCGAGGAGGAAGUGGUGGAGGGCGCGGCUGGCAGCGAGUUCGGCAAGAAGCAGCGGGAGGAAGCCCGGCGCAAGAAGUUUGGCAUCGUCACCCGGGAAUUUCGGGUGGAGGACCAGCCCUGGAUCCUAAAGGUCAACGGCAAGGCGGGGAGGAGGUUCAAGGGACAGAAGAAGGGCGGUGUGACAGAGAACGCCUCCUACUACAUCUUCACACAGUGUCCCGACGGAGCCUUCGAGGCUUUCCCCGUGAGCGCCUGGUACAACUUCACCCCACUGGCCAAGCACCGCACCCUCACCGCAGAGGAGGCCGAGGAGGAGUGGGGCAGGAGAAACAAGGUGGUCAAUCACUUCAGCAUCAUGCUGCAGAGGCGGCUGCGUGAGCAGGAGCGUGGCGAGGAUGACGAGGAGGAAGGAGAAAAGGCUGGCAAGAAAAAGAAGAAGAAGGGGGACAAAGGGGGAGACCUGCGGAUCCAUGACCUGGAGGACGAUCUGGAGAUGAGCAGUGACGACAGUGAUAGCAGCGUGGGAGAGGACGGGGAGAGUAAGCCAAAGCCCAAGAAGGAGGCAGCUAAGACGGGAAAGGGGGGGAAGAAGAAGAAGAAGAAAAAGGGAAGCGACAGCGAGGCCAUGGAGGACAGCGACGACGGCGACUUUGAGGGUCUCGAGGUGGACUACAUGUCAGACGACAGCAGCUCCGAGGACGACGAGCAGGAGAAGGUGAAACCCAACAAAGGGGAGGAUGUCCCUAAAGGGAUCGACGAGGCCUCCGAGAGUGAGGAGGAGAGUGAGGAGGAGAAGCAGAACGAGGAAGAGGCGAAGGAGGAGGAGGAGGAGGAGGGCAAGAAGACCCCGGUGCAGCAAGAGAAGAAGAAGCGGCGAGACAGCAGCGAGGAGUCGGAGAGCUCUGAGGACAGCGACAUCGAGGGCAGGGCCGACUCCGCCCUUUUCAUGGUGAAAAAGAGAACCCCACCAAAGCGGGGGGGUGGCCGGGGGUCCGGAGGCAGCUCCAGAACAGGCAGCCGGCCUGGGACCCCGUCCAUCGAUGCGGCGUCCACAUCCAGCACGCUCCGUGCGGCCGCCACCAAGCUCGAGCAAGGCAAACGGCAGACAGCGCCGCCUAGUUCUGACACCCCGCCAGCCAAGAGGCUGAAGAUGGUGUCAAACCCCCAGAGCCCUGCGGAGAAGAGCGUCCAGCAGACGGCGUCUGGGAAGUCCACGCCCAGCUCGAGUGACGUGCAGCUGACGGAAGAAGCCGUACGCCGUUACCUCAUCCGCAAGCCCAUGACCACCAAGGACCUGCUGAAGAAGUUCCAGACCAAGCGCACGGGACUCAGCAGCGAGCAGACGGUCAACGUGCUGGCGCAGAUCCUGAAGAGGCUCAACCCCGAGCGGAAGAACAUCAACGACAAGAUGCACUUCUACCUCACCGAGUAGCCGGGGGGGGGAGGGGUCAAACAGGAGGGCUGGGAGGUCUAUAAGACAGUCUGAAGCCGUACGUCAGUGUACAAAAACGGUACCUGUCUGCUGUGAUGGGCCUUUUAUUUUAUUUUGUAAAUCCUACCUUUCUUCCCACUGAGGUGUGACAGCAGAGCCGCCGCCAUUUUCCUUUCACUGUGUCCCUGUUCUCUAAACUCCGCCCUGUACACUUUGCUAGUUUGUAAUAAAAUAAAUCUCUCUGG